GUGGUUGCCAGGGACGCCGCCGAAGGCUGGGAGCGAGCUGCGCGGACCAUGGCAGCGCGCCAGAGGGACAAAGUGGCCCAGGAUGAGGUGCAUCAGAACCAGAUCUUGCGGGAACUGUACCUCAAGGAGCUCCGGACGCAGAAGUUGUGCACGCAGUACCACGUGAACCCCCUGCGCAAGGUUCACCCCAUUGCCAGGAAGCCCAUGUCAUGGCAUGAUAACCUGGAGGAGCCUGCAGAUGUAAGGUUUCUGAAUCUCAUCUACCACGCUGCUCAGGGGCCAAGGAAGAAAUAUCCAGAGACCCAGACGGAAAGCCAGGAGAUUGGCUGGGACUCAGAGCCCUUGGUCAACCCAGACCGCCAGGACCGCAGGCUAAACCACUUCAGGGUGUACAAUGACAUCACUCUGUACAAGGCUAAGCUGUGGAGCUUGGGAGAAGAGGAUCACAAAAAGUAGUGUCCCUCGGGUUCAAGCCAUGGGGUUGUCUUCACCCUGAACACUCCAUGGUGCACUGUCCAGGGAAUGCUUCUUUUGUUCAACAACUAAAGUAUAAUAAAUAUUAUUUUAGCAAUAAUAACUUUAUUUACAAUUCUAGAAGCAGGCAGCUCUCGGGACUGAAGAUAGGUCAGGAGACUUCACUGCUUCUCAUGGGAAUCAUAUUGUAGGCAGGACAAAGGAAGUGUCCCACAGAAACAGGAAGUGAGGUGCAGAAACAGGAAGUGAGGUGCAGACAUACUCAGCCUGAUUGGCUUAUGUCAGUCUUCUUUGAAUAACUGGCUCCUUGUGAUUGGCUAGCUAGCCCUCAGCUACUGUUACAAACCAAGGUUAGAGGAUGGGUUUAGAACCCUUUCCACUAGCCAGCCUGGCAAGUGUGAGAUCGUGAGUUUGACUGUUUCCCAGUACCAAAAAUCCCCAACCAACCAAACAAGAAAGAACCCUAAACUUAAAAAUGGAUAGGACACAUUUAGGCACUUGAAAGCCCAAUGCCAGUUUUUCCAAUCCUGAGUCCCUUUGUAGUCUGGGCUUUGUGAUGGCUUCUAUGGUGACAGUCAGAUUUCCAUUUAGUGUUAAAAAAACAAAACAAACAAACAAACAAACAAACACCCCAAAAGCCCUCAGCGAAUGUGCUCAGCAGAUCUGUGCUAUGUUUUAAUAGAAUUCACUAAAAUAAACUAAUCUCCUGCCUCGAUACCCAAUAA